AGUGCGAUUCACUAACUUUUAACAACGCUACUUGCCGAGUUGUAAACUAACAAUUUUUGUUGUUUGCAGUAACGAUUGUACGAUUCUCUAACGUACCCAUUAACAACACUAAACAGCUGACUUUUGCUAUUUAUUUAAAAUGAUAAAAAGUGGCACCUCUGUUAUCCGAAAUGUCAAAAUCUACGAAAAGCACAAAAGGGAAUAGGAAAAAAAACGCAAUUUACCACAUAUUCUUCUUAAAAAUGAUGGCCUCGACUAGCCAAGCAGCCAACAAGCGGAGCCGCGCUUCAAUGGAGCAGUUGAGUGGUAUGCUGGACUUCUUUUUGGAAAACCCGGGACUAGCCGGUGGGAAGUUUCAUCGGCUACACGGGAAGAUGGAGCACGAGAAGAAGUGGGAGGAGAUGGCUUCCAAGCUAAAUGCCAUCGGAGGUGCUCAAAAGUCCGCCGAACAGUGGCGCACAGUAUGGCGCGAUUUGAAGAGCAGAACCAGUGUUCGAGUGCGCGAUAGGAAAAGGCAGCAGGCGUUAACCGGCAACAAGCCCGUUAAGCAAGCUCCUUUAACAGAGCUAGAGGAGCGGGUUGUGGCCAUCAUCGGGAGCAAUUAUAUUGAGGGCCAUGAGUCUGUGGCAGAAAAUGUACCAAUGAACUUGGAGCUCCAGUUGGCCAUGGAAGAAGGUGAGGAGAUUGUUUUUCUGGAUGAGGUGGUGGAGUGCGAAGGUUUGAUAGAGGAGGAGACGCGUCCGGAAACUCCAAAAACUCCUACACUCAGAACCCCGCGCAGAGGAUUGAAGAGAAAGAGAGAGGAGGAGCAGAUCGACGUCCAAAAUAAAUUUUUGGAAAUUGCCAAAACGCAAGCCGAUGCAACGAAAAUGCUGUCAGAAAGUUUCCCCAGACUGGUGGACCUACCAUUCCAGCUGGCGGGGGAACUCCGCGGAUACGGAGAGGGGUUGAAAGCCUGUGCUGAUGCCAUAAACAAUUUGGCCAGGGCACUCGGUCCACAAUAAUUUUUUUGAAAAAAAUUAGGUUAAGAAAAACUAAAAGUAGAUUAAGAAUUAGGUUAAGAAAGUGAAUUGGUACCUUUUAAUUUUCUGAAGAAUAUUAUUAUAUUUACAUACACUGGUGGCCUCAUAAUUAGAAAUCCGAGUUCACAAGUUUUUUUUAUUUUUUUUCUUUUUUGUUUUAAUUUAUUUUAAGAAAAAACCAUAGAGAAAAGUUGUAGACUUGUACU